AUGUGCCCUGCCUUAGUACACAGGGGGGCCCCUGGGGGCCCCUCAGAGCUUCCGGUGCUUUCUGAGGACUCGCUGGGCCCCAGGGGGCCCCUCGAGGGGCCCCUAGGGGCCCCCCUGGAGGGGCCCCUGGAGGGGCCCCCCAAAGCAGCAGCAGCAGCAGCAGCAGCAGGGGGGAAGGGGCCCAUGGGGACCCUUUGCUGGGACCAGAUGCUCACAUUCAUAUCACAGGUUGCUGCUGGGGAGGGGCCCCCAGCAGCAGCAGCAGCAGCACCAGCUGGUGAAGGCUCUUCGGGAAAGCAGCAGCAGAAGCAACAGCAGCACCAGCACCAGCAGCAGCACAGGCAGCAGCAAAAGGAUGUUUACUCCCCUGCUGCUUACCCUGCUGCUGCUGCUGCUGCUGCUUCAGGCCCAACUGCAGCAGCAACUGCCUUUCCGCAGCUAGGGGCUGCUGAGGCGGCACCGACGGGCAGCAGCAGGCGAGGCCGCACGGCGCAGCAGCAGCAGCAGCAGCAGCAGCAGCAGCUUGAAGCGCUCCCGCCCAAGAGACGCCGGGGCCGACCGCCAAAGAACCUACAGGAGCAGCAACAGCUGCAGCAGCUGCAUCAGCAGCAGCAGCAGCAGCAGCACGAUGAGGGGGCCCCUCGGGGGCCCCACCGGUGGGCCACAGAGACGGUUAAGGGCAGCCAGGGGGGCCCCCCAAGCAGCAGGCAGGGCCUAAAGAAGACAGAUGCUGCUGCUGCUGCAGCACCUGCUGCUGCAGCACCUGCUGCUGCAGCAACUGCUGCUGCCGGUGAAGAUUUGCUGCAGGAGCUCGAAGAUAGCCUCUGCUCUUACCUUGAGGUAGAAGAGUCCCCGUACGAGACUGUGGGGGGCCCCCCUGGGGGCCCCCCUGGGGCCCCUCCUGGGGGCCCCCCUGGGGGCCCUGCUGCUGCGCUGCCGCAGCAGCAGCAGCGAAGCAGCAAGCAGCCGAAGCAGGGGCCCCUUGAGGGGGCCCCCUUUCUGGAUUUGAACCCUUUUGGAGAAUUCGAAAUGGAGGGGGGGGGCCCUAAGGGGGCCCCACAUACCUCACGUUUUGCUGCAGCUCAGGGGCCCCCGGAGGGGCCCGCUGAGGGGCCCCCCGAGGGGCCCCCUGAGGGGCCCCCCGAGGGGCCCCCCGAGGGGCCCCCUGGGGGCCCCCCUGAGAGUUUCGCACGCUCUAGUCUUUUUGCUGCUGUCGGCAGCUCGUCUGAGCUGCACAGCAGCAGCAGCAGCAGUACCUGCAGCAGCGACAAGGGCAGCAGCAGCAGCAGCAGCAGCAGCAGCAGCAGCAGCAGCCAGAGCACGUGCAAAAGCUGCGACGCGCUGCGGCAGCAGCUGCUGCAGCAGCAGCUGCAGGGCUAUGACUCUUGGGGAGAAGAAAACCAGCGUCUUGCUGCUGCUCUGGAGACGAAGCAAGAAGCUUUGGUACAGCAGGAGCAGCAGCUGCUGGAGCAGCAGCAGCAGAUUGAGCUGCUGCAGCAGCAGCUGCAGCAGGCGGCCGAGGAGAUACAGCAGCGCGAGCACUUGCUGCUCAUGGCCAAGAAGCAGCAGCAGCUCCUCAAAGAAGAACUGCAGCAAGCAGCAGCAGCAGAAGAGGAGCAGCAGCAGCUGCUAGCCAACACGCUGCUGCUGCUGCAGCGGGAGAAAGAAGACGUCAAGAGACUCAAGCGGCUUGCUGCUGCUGACGCCAGACAAAUCCGAGAGCUCACUGCAGCGCAGCAGCAGCAGCAGCAGCAGCGAAGGUUUGCUGCUGCUGACUCCGUAGAAAGGGCGGCUAGAGCUGCCGAGCUUAGGUGCGUUGAUGAUCCGCUGCUGCCAUACACCUGCCGCAGCAGCAGCAGCAGCAGCAGCAGCAACAGCAGCAGCAGCACUGCAGCAGCAGCAGAUGAAGAGGAGCCGGAUUCCUCCCAUAUGCCCAUAGAGAGUCUUGACGAGGAAAUUUUUGGGGCAGCCGGCUUCAAAUUUAAUCAGCAGCAGCAGCUGCAGCAGCAGCAGCACAGACUCGAGCAGCAGCAGCAGGACAGGCAGCGACAGAGGCCGUUGGAGCAGCAGCAGGAGAAGCAGCAGCAGCACCAGCAGCAGGUAGAGGGGAACAAGUCGGUGCUGCUGCUGCA